AUGGCUUCCAAAUCGUUACCUCCCGUGACUGACUUCCGUAGUCAAGAAAAGACCCUCCAGUUCGAAGCACUCGAUGCGCUCUUCGAACCCAGUCCUGCGAUCCACGAGACACUGCACCCAAUAAUCCAGACGGCGCAGUACUCUACCUGGCCAGAGUUCAUCGAUGCCUGCCAUGCGCGCUUCCUCGAGCUAGCGAAAAGCUCCUCAGACUCGUCUCCCGACCCAAAGCUCCUGUCCAUCCUGGGAUCUCAUCCACGACUCGGCGAGAAGAAGAUCACUUCGGCACACUCGGCCGCCGAGCAAGCCAACCUCCAGAAAACACCAGACCCCGUCGAGGCCGCAGAGCUGGCCCGACUAAAUCGCGAGUACGAAGAGAAAUUUCCCGGCUUAAUAUUUGUGGUCUUUGUCAACGGGCGCGGCAGACCAGAGAUCAUGGAGAACAUGAGAACCCGAAUCGCGAGAGCCGACUUCGCUCUGGAGGUUGACGCGGCACUCCAGGCCAUGUGCGAUAUUGCAAAGGAUCGCGCAGCCAAGCUUCAGUAA